UGGUAGCAAGGUUGAAUGACCCCUUUCCGCGUGUGCGAGCUCGACACAUGAUAAGCAGGCCAAAUGAGACGUUCUGUAAACUGUGAUCAUAAACGUAAAUAAAACUUCACCAAUCAUGAAAAAAAAUCAAAAGGACGUAAAUGGCUCAUCAGAGAUGAUAACAUCGGUCUCAUUCCAAGAAGAUAAGGCUUCGACCAAAAGAUCUGCCCCUGUUGAUGAUGCUGCUACAGAUGAGGAGAUGAAAUAUCAUCCUGUAAAGAUGUCCAGAAGUGACCUGUACAGACCUCCAACAGCAGAAGAACUAAAACAACUGAAAGAAGCAGAGAGUCUUUUUCAUUGUAGUUUACUUAAAAUGCAGAUGGAGGAGCUUUUAAAGGAAGUUUUCUUAAGUGAACGAAAGAAAUGUCAAAUUGAUACAUUUGUUCAGACUGUCACAAGUCUUCUAAAAUCUGUGCCAAAAACUGAAAAAGUUGAGAUGGCUGAUUUGUCAUGGUUGACUGGAGCUGUUAAGGUUCCCUUCCUUCUCGUUCCUCAAACCACCAAGGGCAAAUUUCACAUGGAACCUCCAACUUCUAUUGAUCUCAUUGGCAGCUAUCCACUAGGCACCUGUACUAAACCACAUAUCGUGGUUGACCUGGCUGUUAUAAUCCCAUCUGAUGUCCUCCAAGAAAAAGAUGCAUUGAAUCAAAGAUAUCCCAGGAAAAGAGCUCUGUAUCUGGCUGGUCUGGCUCAGCACCUGUUUGCUUCUUCUCAAAUUGGAACAUUGCUUUACUCCUGUCUACAUGGCAAUCGGCUUCGCCCAGUUCUACUGUUAAGACCACCAGGCAAGGAAUCAUCUAGUUUUAGUGUACGAAUUCAUGCCUGUCCACCUCCUGGGUUCUUCAAACCAAGUCGUUUCCAUCCUCAGAGAAAUAAUAUUAGGAUGGAGUGGUAUACUGGGAUCCCUAAUCCUGAGACCAAUGAGCCCCCAACACCGCAUUAUAACAGCACCCUUCUUGGGGAUCUUCUGCCCAGUGCUCACCUUCAGUUUCUUUCAGCCAUUCGAUCUCAGUGCUUUGCUUUUACAGAUGCAGUUGCCUUACUUAAAGUUUGGCUUCGUCAAAGAGAACUUGACAAGGGCCCUGGUUGCUUUAAUGGAUUUCUGGCCUCAAUGCUUCUGGCCUAUUUGCUGACAACUCACAGAAUCAGUAACAGUAUGACAGCUUAUCAAUUGCUUCGGAACAGUUUAAACUUUCUUGCCACCACAGACCUGACUGAAAAUGGAAUUAGCCUGGCAAAAAGUACAGAUUCCACAGCUCCAUCACUUGAAGAGUUCCACAGAGCAUUUCAAGUCGUUUUUGUGGAUCCAUCAGGGCAUCUUAACUUAUGUGCUGACAUGACUGCUUGUACCUACAAGCAGUUGCAGCAUGAGGCAUCUGUUUCAAUGGCGUUUUGGGAUAAUGCAACUGUGGAUGGAUUUCAGAGCCUUCUAAUGACCCCAAAACCAAUGAUAAGGACAAGUGAUCACGUGUUUCAGUUAUGUGAAUUAGUCAAGCUGCAGGCAAGCUGUAAGAAGCUAAACCUACUAAAUGAGUUGAUGGACUUCAGUGGAAACUACAUCCAUGCUUCACUUCCUUAUAUUUUAUCACUGAUUCAGCGAGGACUUGGGCAGAGAAUAACACUUCUCACACAUUCUCGGGCUCCUGAUCCAGAGUGGUCUAUACAGAAUGAAGCACCCAAGUAUAGAGACCAGCCGCCUUUGUCUUUUGGCCUGCUCUUGAAACCAGAACUAGCAGCUUCUGUUCUAGAAAGGGGCCCACCUGCAGACAGUCACAAGGCUGCUGAAUUUCGCCAGCUCUGGGGUUCUCGCUCCGAGUUGCGUCGGUUCCAGGAUGGUGCCAUCACAGAAGCGGUUUUGUGGGACGGAGAGACCAUCUGCCAGAAAAGAUUGAUCUCCAAACAAAUCAUCACACAUCUCCUACAGCUGCACGCGAACGUCCCAGAAUCCUCCGUUCGAUAUGUUGGUGCGAUGGUUGAUGAUGUCAUCAAUAUACGCCGUGAGGUGCCCAGCACUGGAGAGGAAGAGAGUUUACUGGUGGUUCAAUCUUUUGAUGAUUUGAGUAGAAAGUUAUGGCGGCUUGAAGGUCUGCCUUUGGCCAUAACUUCAGUGCAAGGAGCUCAUCCGGCACUCAGAUACACACAGGUCUUCCCACCACAACUCACCAAAGUGGAUUAUUCAUUUUUUGAUAAGGAGAAGAUAUCUAGAUCUCUUUUACCAAAAGAUGGAAAGCCAUGCCCCACCUAUAUAACCCCUAUUACAGUUAUCUGCCACAUGGAAGGAAGUGGGAAAUGGCCUCAUGAUCGUCUUGCCAUUCGUCACAUCAGAGCAGCAUUCCACAUUUGUCUAGGAGAAUUAUUGAAGCAGCAUCAUAAUUAUACAUUCAGAGCCUCUCCUACUCAUCUGGAUGUGUGGAAGGAUGGACUGCUGUUCCGCAUCCAGAUUGCCUAUCAUCGCGAGCCACAGGUUCUGAGGGAAAGUAUUGGUGCCGAUGGAAUGUUGGUUGUUAGAGAUACUGAGGAGGCUCAAGCUUUGGAAAUGGCCACUAUUCACAAGCCUUUUCUCACAAGCACUCUGCAUGGGCUUCAGCAGCAACAUACUUGCUUUGGUGCUGUAUGUCGUUUGUCUAAACGGUGGCUGGCUGCCCAACUCUUCAGUUGUGAAAUCACAGAUGACACAGCUGACCUACUGGUAGCGUGCCUGUUUCUACAACCAGCACCCUUCACUCCUCCUGGUUCUCCUCAGGUGGGCUUCCUGCGUUUCCUUCAUCUGCUUGCUUCCUUUGACUGGAGGAACAACCCACUGAUUGUCAACCUUAACAGCCAGCUUACAGUUGCGGACUAUACUGAGAUCAAGAACGACUUCAUGGCCUCCAGAGAAUCGCUGCCUGUCAUGUUUAUAGCCACGCCCAAGGAUAAAAAAAUGUCUUUGUGGACCAAACAAGCACCAAAUGUACAGAUGCUUCAGCGUAUUAUUACGGUUGCUGCAGAAAGUCUGAAAGUACUGGAGCGUCAGAUGAUGUGCAGCGAGGAGACGCAAGACGUGAGGGUUGUCAUGCGCCCCCCUCUGGAGGCCUAUGAUGUUUUGAUUCACUUAAAUCCAAAGCAGGUUCCACUGCUGAGCCAAGCUGUGGACCCGUCUGCUGUCACCUUCACAAGGGGCACUACAAUGGGCUCUGUGGGACAGUCAGGCGGAGCCAUGCCUGUGGUUGACUACAAUCCUGUCGCCCUCUACUUGAACGAGCUCAGAGAAUCUUUUGGAGAUCUGGCCCUGUUUUUCUGUGAUCCUUUUGGUGGGACAGUGAUUGCUGUUUUAUGGAAACCAAAAGCCUUCACACCAUUGCUAUUCAAGACCUCACAGAUGUCAGCCCGGACUGUUGAAGUCAAUGGAGACGAUGUAAAGACAGUUCCCAACGUGGAAGCAAUUCUGGAGGACUUCAAGAUCCUGGGAAAUGGUUUGGUCAAAUCUAUUGAGGCCAGAACUGAAAGAUGGACCUUUUAGGCAGUGCAGAUGCAAGUCUUUACUUACCCUUUUUGUUAUUAUAUUUUAUACAUUCUAAAAAAGAUUGUAGUGUAUAUCUAAUUAUCUUGCAUAUUGGCAAUGGGAAUACCCAAACAUCAUUGUACUGCCGUAAUAAAGAAUGUCUUAUUGUUUUGGAAA